AUGUUCUACCCCAGUUGCACCACGGGGGUUUCGCUUCACAACGACGUCACCAUCGUGACCGGAAAUGUCACGGACAAAGCGACAAUUGACGCCGUCAAGGCAGUCGUGUCUUCUGCCGGCGGCAAGCCGACUGUUUCGUCUCAUCCCACCAACCACGGCACGCAGAUCAUCAUUGGCACCGACUCAGACAAUAGCCUUGCUGCUGUAGUUGCAAAGAAGCUCACUGGAGAAUCUGCAAAGGGUCUCGAUGCCGAUGGCUACGUUCUCGCGUCGGGCCAAUACAAAAACCAGCCCAGCAUUGUCCUCAAUGGUGUUGACAAACGCGGAACAUUCUACGCGUCACAAACUCUCCGCCAAUUGAUAGAGGGUCAUGAUAUCCCCGCUGUCCAAGUGCGAGAUUGGCCACUUAUGUCCAUUCGCGGCUCAAUCGAAGGCUUCUACGGAGUUCCCUGGUCCCACGAGGCUCGUCUUGACCAGUUGGUCUUCUACGGCAAGCACAAAAUCAACACCUACAUCUAUACCCCCAAGGAUGACCCGCUGCUGCGCGCGAAGUGGCGCACUCUCUAUGAGGGCGACGACCUUGAUCAAUUGAAGGAGCUUAUCGAAACAGCUAAUGACAAUCACGUCGACUUUACCUUUGCUCUUUCACCUGGUAAUGACCUCUGCUACUCCUCCGACUCGGAUUACAACGCUACAGUUGCCAAAUUCGACCAGGCGCGCCAGCUUGGUGUCAGCAGCUUUUACAUUGCCUUCGAUGACAUCCCUACCAAUGGGUUCCACUGCGAUUCUGAUCAGCAGAAAUGGAAUAAAACAGGAAAGUCGGACGACGACUUUCUCUGGCUGGCUGACUCGCAAGCAUUCUACCUGAACCGUAUCCAGAAGGACUAUAUCACGACCUACGGUCUGAAGGAUCUGGAGACGGUCCCAACCAACUACGCUGGAAGUGCACCAAACCCUUACAAGGAGGAAUUCGGUACCCAACUGAACAAGAACAUCAGCAUCCAGUGGACCGGCGAAGGAGUCUUCAGCGACCAAAUCAAUGACACGAGCGUGCAACAAGCCGACAAAACAUACGUGACGGAUAAAAUGUUCUUAUGGGAUAACUUCCCCGUGAACGACGGCAAUCGAGACCGUCUAUUCCUCAACCCAUUGACUGGUCGUGCCGCAAAUCUAUACAAAUAUCUCCUAGGCUUCACCUCGAAUCCCAUGGAGCAACCCUACGCUUCAAUGCCCGCCCUCGCCAACUACGGAGAUUACACCUGGAACGGGGGGAAAUACGACGCGACAAAGUCAAUGACAACAAUCCUCCGCGAGCUCGCCGGCAGCGACGCAAGCGUUAACGAAGCGGUCAUCGCAUUCGCCGACAUCAAUCAGAACUGGCCAUACCGCACCCCUGAAGUCCACGCCCCAGAGCUUAGCAGCGAUAUUGCCGCUUUCUGGAAAUCAUACAACAGUAAGGCGAAGAAGGGCGAGGCAGCGCUGAAGAAACGUUUGACUCUCCUCGCUACCUUACCCGAUAUCCUUCCAAAGAUGGAUAUGAAGGGAUUCGCCUCGGACGUGGCACCGUGGUCAACCCUUGCAAUGCAAUGGGCCAAGGCUUCGCAGCACUUGAUCACCAUGCUUGACGCUGUGCAAAGCGGUGAUAAGAAGAAGGCGGAUAGCGAGUUCAAGGCUGCUCAGGAAUGGGUCAAGAAGACCAAGACCAAGACUGUUAAUGAUCGUAACGACGAUGGCGAGGACCUUCCUAACUCCAUCAUUCCCACCACUGGUGAUGGGGCGUUUGACACUUUCCUGGCUAAUGCUACGACUGUGUAUAAGAGUCAGUAG